CCACCCGCGCCGCCCGCGCUCUCGGAAGCGCCCGGAGGAGGGUCUCGGGGUCCGGCUGGUCGCUGCCCGCGGGCCGUCCGAAGACUGGGCUCAUCCGGUGCGACAGCCCUGCCCCGCCCGGGGGGAGGGGCCGGGCCGGCCCGGGACCCAGAGGCCGCCGCCGCGCACCCGGAGAGGCUGCACCGCCGCCCCUCCCGUCCCCUCUCCGGCCUCCCGGGACCCGCAGCGACCCCAGCCCCCCCCUCCACCCCCGGGCCCUCCUCUGGACGCCUCCGGGUCCCCCGCGUCGGGCCUCCCUGGGUCCCAGCGCCCCGUCCUCCCGCCCACCGCUGCCACCUCGCGCAGGGCUCCCCGGGCCUCUCCCGGCCCCCGACCCCCUGCCCCGGGUCCCCGGAGCCGCCGCGGUCGGGCCCCCCGAGCCCCGCGGACAUGCUCCGGCUGCUCGCGCUGCUGCUCCCGCUGCUGCCGCCGCCCGCGCGCGCCCAGGAGCCCUCCGCGCAGGACGUGAGCCUGGGAGUGGACUGGCUGACCCGCUACGGCUACCUGCCACCACCCCACCCUGCCCAAGCACAGCUGCAGAGCCCUGCGAAGCUGAGGGAUGCUAUCAAGGUCAUGCAGAGGUUUGCCGGGCUGCCUGAGACAGGCCUCCUGGACCCGGUGACCAUGGCCACCAUGCACAGGCCCCGCUGCUCCCUGCCUGAUGUGCUGGGGGCGGCAGAGCUGGUGAGACGUCGGCGCCGGCGCCGGCGCUACGCCCUGAGCGGCAGCGUGUGGAAGAAGCGAACGCUGACGUGGAGGGUGCACUCCUUCCCCCAGAGCUCGGCCCUGAGCCAGGAGAUGGUGAGGACCCUCAUGCACCACGCCUUGACCACCUGGGGCGUCGAGUCAGGCCUCAAAUUCCAGGAGGUGGGCUUUCAGAGCCCGACGGAGCCCGACAUCGUCAUUGACUUUGCCCGGGCGUACCACCAGGACAGUUACCCCUUCGACGGGCAGGGAGGGACCCUAGCCCACGCCUUCUUCCCCGGGGAACACUCCAUCUCUGGGGACACGCACUUCGACGACGAGGAGAUCUGGACUUACGGGUCAAAAGAUGGUGAGGGGACGGACCUGUUUGCUGUGGCUGUUCAUGAGUUUGGCCACGCCUUGGGCCUGGGCCACUCCUCGGCACCGGACUCAAUCAUGAGGCCCUUUUACCAGGGCCCGGUGGGCGACCCCCACAAGUACCGCCUGUCCCAGGACGACCGGGAAGGCCUACAGCAGCUCUAUGGGAAGGUGCCCCAGACCCCCUACGAUAAGCCCACAAGGAGACCCUUGGCUCCUCCUCCCCCACCCCCUGCCCUGCCCCCAGACAGCCCCUCUCUCCCCACCCCUGACCGAUGUGAAGGCAAUUUUGAUGCUAUCGCUAACAUCCGUGGUGAAACCUUUUUCUUCAAAGGCCCCUGGUUCUGGCGCGUUCAACCCUCGGGACAGCUGGUGUCGCCCCGGCCCGCCAGGCUCCACCGCUUCUGGGAGGGGCUGCCCGCCGGGGUGAAGGUCAUCCAGGCCGCCUACGCCCGGCCCCGGGACGGCGGCAUCCUCCUCUUCAGCGGCCCCCAGUUCUGGGUGUUCCAGGAGCGGCAGCUAGAGGGCGCCCCGCGGCCGCUCACGGAGCUGGGGCUGCCGGCCGGAGAGCAGGUGGACGCCGUGUUCUCGUGGCCGCUCAACGGGAAGACCUACCUGAUCCGGGGCGGGCGCUACUGGCGGUACGACGAGGCGGCCGCGCGCCCGGACCCCGGCUACCCCCGCGACCUGAGUCUUUGGGAAGGGGCGCCUCCCGCCCCCGACGAUGUCACCGUCAGCAACGCAGGUGACACCUACUUCUUCAAGGGCGCCCACUACUGGCGCUUUCCCAAGGGCAGCGUCAAGGCGGAGUCCGACUCCCCCCAACCCAUGGGCCCCAAGUGGCUGGACUGCCCGGCCCCCAGCGCCGACCCACGCGCCCCCAGGCCCCCCAAAGCCACCCGGGAGCCCGGAGCCUGCAAUUGUCAGUGCGAGAUCAAUCAGGCCUCGGGGCGGCCGUCGCUGGCCUUCCUGCUGUCCCUUCUACCCCCGCUGGUGGGGGGCGUCGCCUCCAGCUGAGGGGGACGGUCCCGGGGCGGGGCUCAUGCGGGUGGAGCUUCGCCCUGGGGACGCGGACAAAUGGCUAGCCCUUAGACUGGACCGGCCAUGUGCUCACCCUCGCCGUUCCAGCACCCCCUCCCUCACCCUCCCCCCCCCAGCCCCACCCCCACCCCCACCGUUGUCCUGGCUGCGCCACGCGCUGCCGCUACAGGAAGCUCUUUUUCCCGGAAGAGCUGGUGCUUCUCAGCAGCCUGUGACUAUAGCCCUGGCCCCACCUGGCAACAGCGGUUCCCCAUAGCGGCUCCUGGCUGUUUGGGGCUUUAGAGGACUGGACGGAUUGGGGCAACUGAACCCCAGCCCCUCUCUCCACCCGCUGCUCCGAAUUUCCCAGAAGUGUCCCACUGUCCUGCUUCUGCAAUGUCCCAGGCAAUGCCAUGUGGAUGGGGACCCCAGACCCAGCCCUCAAGUUACCCCUCAGCACGAGUGUCCCAUAUCCUGGGUGACAUCAGUGGCCACCCAGACGACCCUCCACAACAGAGGCCCCUGUGGACCUCCUUUCUGGUCACCAUCUUGGACCCAGAACAGUCCCGGUUCAACAGAACACCCUCCAAUCCCUAAAAAUCCGCUCAGUCCCUCCACACUGGAGUGUGUACCGCUUCCCUCAGGGAGAACUCUUGGGUUCUCCGCGGCUCAGUGCUGUGAAGACAGUGGACUGAGUUCCCUCUCCAUCCAGGGGCCACUGCUUCCUCAGCACCCCUGGGUGAUGAGUGGGAGGGCCACCUCAUUCACCUCCCACUCCUCCCCGAAUUCAGGACCUACAUCAGUGCCUCUGGAACUGCACUUCUGGAAUCUUCCACAUCAGAAUCACCUAGGGAACUUAAAAAUGCGGAUCCCCUGCCCUCACCCUGAAUCACUUGGGGGUUGGGGCCAGGAGUCUGCACUCAAGUAAGCUUGGGGGAGCAGCCCUGAUGGGCGAGGGGGCCGGGACAACAGCUGUCAUCUCUGUCUUGUGGUUUUUCUGUGUCUCUGAAGUGUUCUCCCUGCCAGGGACCAACCUGAGCACAUUCUCUGCAGAAUCAGGUUGAUGGCCUUGCUCGUGUAGGAUCUAUCCCCUUUGGGUGGAGCCCCUUAGGGGCCACUUCCUGGGUUGCCGUCCUCCCACAGUGCUGCCUGGGGCUGAGGCUGCGGGCUGCUGUCCCAGCGUGCAGGGCCCUCGGUCAGGACAAGCUGACCAGUCGGAGGGCAACAGCCAGGUGUCUUCAGCCAACCCGUGACCUGAGCAUUCCAAGCCACCAGAAAACCCGAAACCCGGGCCUCUGUCAGGAUCCUUUCAAAAUAUGUGGAGGAGGAAACUUAUAUUUUUUUUUUUCUUUUUUUUUUUUUUUUUAAUUUUUUUUUCAACGUUUAUUUAUUUUGGGGACAGAGAGAGACACAGCAUGAAUGGGGGAGGGGCAGA